AAUACAUUUAUCUUCAGGCAGACAUCUGACUGCACAAACUAAUCCAAGUUUUCCUUGCUCUAGACACAGCAUGUCUAGACAAGACACGCUUGCUGCAGUUUUGGAACUGGCUACCCCAGCCAGGCGGGUCUCCUUCUAUCCCAGCCCCACUCCCCUCUCUGCACCGCGCUCCCGCUGAUCUCGUCGCCCCGGCUGUCCCGACCGAGCCCCGCUCAGCACGGCAGGACGUGGCCGGCAGCCGCACCCAGCGCAGACCCCGGAGCCGCAGGCCAUUACUGGCGCGACCGGACGACAGACUGCUAAUGUGGAGCCGACACGGGCAGGGGAAGCCCGGCGUAAAAACUCUUUCCUAAUAGCAUUUCUAAGAUUAAGGAUGUUGAAGAGAGUGCACCUCAUGUAAAAGUCUUGAAAGUCUUCUGUGACUGUCUCCCCACUGAGGAGAAGGAUCAUCAGUAGCAUUCAGUAGCAUCUAGGAAGUUGGUGGACUUUUCCUUCCAUCUCCUUGACAAAUGCUCCAAGUUCCCAAAAACCAUGAACUGUUUUUUCUGACGUUGUUGAGGCUCACACAAGCAGAGUGGAGGGCUAUUUUUUUUAGUUCUGCAAAGCCACCUGGUAUUUGAAAUGCUGAAAAGGAAACUACGUUUUUUCCACAACUUACGAUUCAGACUUCUCUUGGGUCUGACUCUGAUUUUAGUAAUCAUUUCGGUUUUGAAAGUUAACCAGAAAACAAACUUCUUAAAUCGAAGACAUCUUGAGCUGACUAAGGAGGACCCUAUUGGCGACAUUAACUGCACCAAGGUACUGGAGGGUGAUGUAGAAGAAAUUCAGAAGGUAAAGCUUGAGACCUUAUCAAUGUCAUUUAAGAAACGUCCCAAACUAACUACCAAUGACUAUAUUAACAUGACAACAGACUGUGCCUCUUUCAUCAAGAUGAGGAAAUACAUUAUGGAACCUCUCAGCAAUGAAGAAGCAGAAUUUCCAAUUGCUUACUCAAUAGUGGUUUAUCACAAAAUAGAGAUGCUUGACAGACUUCUGAGAUCAAUCUAUGCUCCUCAGAAUUUUUACUGCAUCCAUGUUGAUAGAAAAUCUCCAGAAUCUUUUUUUACAGCUGUGAAAGGAAUAGUCUCCUGUUUUGAUAACGUCUUUAUAUCCAGCCAGUUAGAGAGUGUUGUAUAUGCUUCAUGGAGCAGGGUACAGGCAGAUAUUAAUUGCAUGAAAGAUCUCUUUAGAAGAAGUUCAAACUGGAAAUAUCUAAUAAACCUCUGUGGCAUGGACUUUCCUAUAAAGACCAACCAGGAAAUAGUAGAGAAAUUAAAAGCCCUUAAAGGCGAAAACAGCUUGGAAACAGAAAAAAUGCCUGUUUAUAAAGAAGUAAGGUGGAAAAAACACUAUGAGAUUGUUGAUGGUAAAGUGAAAAACACAGGUAUAGACAAACAACUACCACCUCUCAAUACUCCAAUUUUUUCUGGUAGUGCCUAUUUUGUAGUUAGCAGAAGAUUUGUAGAAUACGUAUUAGAAAAUAGCAAAAUCCUCAAAUUUAUUGAGUGGGCAAAAGACACUUACAGUCCUGAUGAGUACCUAUGGGCAACGAUUCAGAGAAUCCCCGACGUCCCAGGCGCUGUUUCUUCUAAUGAGAAGUAUGACGUUUCUGAUAUGAAUGCACUGGCUAGGUUUGUCAAGUGGCAGUACUUCGAAGGAGAUGUGUCUAAAGGUGCACCCUACCCACCAUGCAGUGGAGUUCAUGUUCGCUCUGUCUGUGUGUUUGGUGUAGGAGACCUGAACUGGAUGCUGCGAAACCACCACUUCUUUGCUAAUAAGUUUGAUACUGAUGUUGAUCCUUUUGCGGUGAAGUGUUUGGAAGAAUAUUUGCGACACAAAGCUUUGAAUCUGCAAAAGAACUGAAAUGCUGCAUGCUCCAGUUGUGAAACGCAGGACCAAAGAACAUACAGCUGUAAAUUUUUGCAGUCAACGCUGGUGGUGAUGGUGGUGGUGGUGAUGAUGGGAAUGAUGAUUAUUGCUACAUUGGUAUGGUGAUAAUGUGGCCCUUCUUUGUGUGCUGACAAGGAGGAAAGAAGACAGAAGCCUCAGAUGAAGAUGAGAAUGCCUUGUGUUGCAUGCUAGGGCUUGGAACUUGGAUACAAAAUCACAGACAGUAGUGUUUGGAAGCUCAACUAAUUUGAAUAUUUAUUAUCUCAAUAUGUGUUAUGGUAUAAUUAUUGGGCUUCCUGGGUAAAACUAUUUGUUGAACGUGUGGAAAAUGUUGUUCAUGAUUAUUUCUGAGUUGCUGGUAUUUUGCUUUUUUGUUGCUGUUGUUUGUUUGUUUGUUUGUUUUCUCAAGAAUGUAAUGCUCGCUGAAAAGGAGAAGUGAGGAGAAAUAGGGGAAAGCAGCAGCUGGCCUGCAUGAAGUUCAUGUUGAGUGCUGGAAGAUCUCAGGAACUUAACAAUGAAUUGAUUUGAAAAUUAAACAAAAGGGGAUAUACUAAAGCCAAAGGUCAUCAUUUAACUUAAAUAUGAAUGCUGCAGUUCUGCAAUAUGUAAUUUUGAGUCCUUCUGGAAAUCUUCAGCAAGAAAAUUAAGGACUUGUAUUUCUAUUUUUGUAACAAGAUCUUGCUUUUGUACUCUUAAGCCCUCCCUGGUAAUGUGAUAAGAAGUUUAUAUAUCAGUUCCUUGUUGUAUCUUCUCAGGGAAACUUCAGUUUUGUGCCUGAUAAGAGUUGGAAUUUUACACUUACUGUAUCACGAGCCUUGCUUUUGGAACUAGAAUGAUUCAGAAAGUCAUUCUCAAAAACUUAAAAGAAUUGCAGCAAUAUCUAAAUGUUACUGAUUCAACUGCUGAUUUCUACAUUCUGUUAACUUCAAGUUGCAUUCCAGACAACUUUAACACUAGGUGUGAAAAAAUAAAGUUAUUUUUCUGAAUGAUGUUGUCUCUUCCUACAAGUAAAUUCCUGCAAAAAGCAUUGCCGAAAACUCUAAUCAUGAAGAGCUAUGUUAUCUUUGCUAUAAGCUGCAGUGGAGGCAAUUCCUACCUUUCCCACAUCCAUUCAUUCAUGUAUCCAUGAUUAUAUA